UCAGGGUUAUUGACCUAAAGCCAAUAUUAACACAGUGACACUCGCCUGUCUUUCAAAUAGACUGAAAACCCUGUUCACAAGUCACAAUUUCAGAGGAAACUUCAAAUUAUUCUUCAUUAUUAGGUCAUAGUCCACCGGGAGCCACACAGUCUGCUCGUUCAGGAUGGCGUCGAUGGUGUUUCAGCUGAUGGGAAUGUUUCUGGGAAUCGUUGGCUGGUGUUUGGAGUCCAGCUCCACAAACUCAGCCGUGUGGAGGAAAGCCAGUCACGGGGAGGCAGUGGUGACGGCCAGCUCUCGGUUUGAAGGCCUGUGGCUGUCGUGUGCGUCUAACUCGCUCGGAGCCAUACACUGCCAGAGAUUCAAGACCGUUCUGGGCCUUCCAGGAUACAUCCAGGCCUGUCGAGCUCUGAUGAUAAUCGCUCUCAUUCUGGGUUUGCUGGCUGUUAUUCUGGCCGCGAUGGGACUCAAGUGCACUAAACUGGGCAGCACGUCUGAGGAGUCGAAGGGCAAGAUCAGCCUCACAGCCGGAGUCUUGUUCAUCCUGUCAGGUGUGUGUGUUAUGGUAGCCGUGUCGUGGUACGCCGCUCGAGUCGUUCAGGAGUUUAAUGACCCUUUCUACGGAGGAACAAAGUAUGAACUGGGAGCCGGUCUGUAUCUGGGAUGGGCGGCAGCAGCUCUGGAUAUAUUAGGUGGAGCAAUCCUCUGCACUUCCUUUAAAAGCUCAAGACCUGCCAAGACACGGAGUCUCAACUAUAACUACAGCGCUUCACAGCCGCAGAAGAUCUACAGAUCAGCCCCGUCAGAAAACAGCGUCUCCAAAGCUUACGUCUGAGUGUUUGGCUUGCCUUUUUUUGUACAUGAUGUGUGUAUUUUUUUUUGUAUACUUGCAUUUUAGAAGUCAACGAAUUGAGCUUAUUUAAUUGACUUACUUUGCAUGAUUCAUCAGUGUUGAUUUCGUAACGAGCUCUUAUGUCAUAAUCUAGCAUCAAAGCGUAAAAUAACGUCCCCAGCUCAUAUAAAAAGACAGUUCAGUUUGCAUUUCAUUCAGCUUUGACUCAAUUCUGAUAUGAAACACUCACUUUACACUAGUGAACUAAUGCUGUAUCUAAUUCUAACUCUGUACUAAAACCAAAACCUUUGAAAAAACUUUUGUUACAUGGAAUAAAAUAAGCUUUAACUGAAAUAAAGAUAUUUCUUUUUCAUUUAGUUUAACUUUAUGUAGUAAAAUAACUAAAACUGAAAUAAAAAAUGAUUAAAAAUGAACAGAAUCUAAUAAAAGUGACACAACAAAAUGACUAAAACUCACAAAUUCAAACUAAUAACACUGCUUUACAGCAUCACAUCAGUUCUGUACAUUUGUUUCUCUUUAAAUCUCAUGUUGGCUUUAAUACUUUUAUGUCAGACGUAUGGAUCAUUUUAGUAUGUUUUUUAAAUGUUACAUUGUCUGCUGUUUUGAAAAGCUCGUUAUUUUCUGAAAUUGCUAGUUUUGUCAGUGUUUCUGUGAAUAAAACAAUUUUGUGAAGUUG